UGGAGUAUCGUCAACCCCGGAACUUCUAGAGAUCAUCACAAUCCUCAUGAACCAAAUCGCAUCUGCUUACUGGAUUGCCGGGAAAUCCCGUCCCAUGCAUAUGUAAUAGAAUGGCUCUACGACGCUCCGCUCGACUGAGUGCAGUGCUCCCCCUGCAACCAAGCAUCCAGCCCGCAAAACCCAACAGAUCCCCAUCGCAACGCAGCAAUAGCAACGGAGUCACAAAGUCACGAAAGCCAUCAGCAAAAGAAACCCAGAAGAGGAAAAAGACCCUUAACCCGAACUCGCUCCCUCAACCUCUCCUAAGCCCCCACCAGACAGCCACCACCCCUACCUCCGACACACCCCAAGCCCCAGCUCCCAAUUCCACGACCUACUGGGAUAGCCCCUCACCACCACCACCACCACCACCUCCCCUCCCCCAAGACAACAUCGGAAACAGGCCUCAAACCCCUCCUCCCCCCCUUGACCGCCCCGUCGAACCACACAGAACAAACGCAACCCUUCUUACUCCACACGGCUCCUCCCUAGUCGCAUACCCCCCGGACGCCCUGGACUGGGACAUCAUCAUCCCCCCCUCCAAGACCGGCCUGCCCCGUCCAACCGCAACAACAGGUACCCUCCUGGAGCAGGCAACCGCACAUCUCAUCGCCACAGAUGCCCGUCUCGAGCCGAUCAUCAGACAACACCCCUGCAAGCUCUUCUCGCCGCAAGGGCUAGCCGAGAAAAUCGACCCCUUCCGCAGCCUGGUAAGCACGAUCAUCGGGCAGCAGGUUUCAGGGGCGGCGGCGAAAUCAAUCAAGGAUAGGUUUGUGGGGUUGUUGUAUGGGAUUAACAACCGCAACCGCAACCGCAACCGCAACCGCAAUCCCAACGAUGGUAUUACUAUCAACAACGGUGGAAGCGGAAGCGGAAGCGGAAGUGAGACUACGAUAAUACCACCACCACCACCAGCUGACUACUUCCCUACCCCCGAGGAAAUCGUCAAAUGUGAUAUCCCCCUAUUACGCACCGCGGGCCUCUCCCAGCGGAAAGCAGAGUACAUCCAGGGUCUCUCGGAGAAAUUCGCAAACGGCGAGCUCAGUGCGCGGAUGUUGCUGAGUGCAAGUGACGACGAGCUUCUUGAAAAGCUGACUGCCGUGCGUGGCCUGGGGAGAUGGUCUGUGGAGAUGUUUGCUUGUUUUACGCUGAAGCGGACGGAUGUGUUUUCGACAGGGGAUUUGGGCGUCCAGAGAGGGUGUGCAGCUUUUAUAGGAAAAGAUGUGAGUAAGCUCAAGGCCAAAGGUGGUGGUAAGUUCAAGUAUAUGUCGGAAAGUGACAUGUUAGAACUCGCGGCCAAGUUCGCACCGUAUAGGAGUCUCUUCAUGUGGUACAUGUGGCGCGUAGAGGAAGUUGAUGUCACGGUGAUGAGUAACUGAGCUGUGUGAUUGGAGUACACAAGUAUAUACGAUAGUAGACCUCGAUAUAAGAUGCACUAGUUUUGAUACAACUUGAAUGACUCAAAUAUCCCCAAUACGGUUCUUGCAAUGUUUGGUAUAGAGCAUGAUACGAGGGAUGCGGUACAUUCAUCACGAGGAUGAUUGAGAGAAGAAUAACAAAUGAAUUUGUACAGUAUCAGUACACGUGGGUU